AUGUCAAUUCAGCUGCAGCUUUAUGGCGAAGGAGUCAGUACACUGCGCCUGUUCCUAGCGACGCAUUUACGCGCAAAACAAUGGGACCGACCAGAUGUUAAGAAGGUAGUACACAAUGAGAUACACAAUAUACUGACGACGUGUGAAUUGCGACAAAUAGCGACGUUAUUGGGGGAAUUACGAGCCGUGGAUUCGUCGAUACCUUGUCUGGUGUCGCUAUUGCGACAUGGUAGAAAAAACAUACAAGUACGUGUAAUAAGUGAUUGUGAUGAAGAGGAAAACACAAAUGAAGAGCAGAAGAUGAAGGUGGAAAAGUUCAAAUACUUGGCCAAACGACGUGAGAAGCUGCAGCGUCUGGACGAGGAAAUGCAAUACGGCAGCAUGGUGCGUAAUUUUAAGCCUCAGUCGGUUACAAAAGAGCUAGCGCAUUACCAUACAAACGUACGUCAACAUUUGUCCAUUGGAGCAAAUAUGGUGAUGGCACGAGUAACCGCGUUCGUCGCCGUGUACUUUGUGGCUCGGAAUCUUACUGAUAACGAAACAACGCGGCUUAUUGCUGGCCUUGGUGGUGCCAUUGUCAUGAUGGUCAUUGAAAUGGUAUUAUAUAUUGCACGCGCGACGAAAAUUGAGAACUUUGAGCACCAGCAAAAGCAGCGAAGAUGCAUUUUUUAG